AUGGGCUUGUUAACUAACCCAUCGAUCUCGCAAAAAGCCAAAUACUGCCGUAAGCUGGUGAAGUACAACACAUUGAUCUGUCUGUUGCUGUAUCUGCUGGGCGUUGGCUUUUUCUGUGCCCUGCCGGACAACAACUUCAGUUCCGCGACCUACUUCUCGGAGAAUGCCCUUCUGCCGGGACUGGUCAACUCGGAGCUGGAUAUGGAAACGGUGACGCUAGUGAAAUCGCUGGCCGGCGAGCUACAAAGGGAACGGGAAAACUACCCAAAGGGAAUUCCUUAUCCGUGGUUACUGGCCAAGAUGCGGCGGUUUGGAUUGGAAACGCAUACCCACAACUUUACGCUGAACUAUCCGUUCGGUGGUGGCAAGCGUUUCACGGGAGAAAACGUGUUUGGAAUCCUUCGAGCGCCUCGCAUCGCGUCGACGGAAUCGAUCGUUAUCAGCGUUCCUUAUCGACCGCCGGAAACGGUCCACACGGAUGUUGCCGCCGGUGUGCCACUAAUGCUGGCGUUUGCCGACUUUGCCCGCAAAAAGAAGUACUGGGCAAAGGACAUCGUAUUUCUGGUCACCGAACAGGAGCAGCUGGGAAUGCAAGCUUGGCUAGAGGCGUACCACGGUGCCGAAGAUGGGCCACGGAUACUGGACUCCGGUUCGCUACGGGCCCGGGCUGGCUCCAUUCAGGCGGCCAUUAAUUUGGAAGUGCAAGGGCUGGACAUUAGUCACAUCAAUUUGAAAAUCGAAGGACUAAACGGACAGUUGCCGAACUUGGAUUUGCACAACCUGGUGCAGAAGCUGUCGUCGAAGAAUGGGAUCGUUGCCGGGUACAAGCAAAACUCGGUGAAUCCAAAACGGUCGUACCGUUACCAGGACAAAUUGUACAACCUCUUGUCGAUGGUGUUCUCGCAAGCGAGUGGUGUCCCGACCGGAAACCAUGGGCUCUUCCACAAGUACGGCAUCGAAGCACUCACACUGGAAGCGGUUAAGCGUGAUAAGCCGCAUGCCCAGAACCAAGAAGUCGGUUCGAUGCUGCGCAUCAUCGAGGGCAUUAGUCGCAGUUUAAAUAAUCUGCUGGAACGCUUUCAUCAGAGCUUCUUCUUCUACAUUCUCGUAGCGAACGAUCGGUUCGUAUCGAUCGGUGACUACAUGCCAAGCUUGGCCCUGAUGGCCGGCUCGUUGUUGAUUAAAGCGUUCAUUCACUACCUCGCGAUCUACUACUCCGACGAUGACCCAGCGGACGGCGAAACGGAGGUGAAGGAGAAACCCAAGGCGGACAUCGGUUACUUCUCGGUCGGUCUUGUCCUUCUAGUGGCACAUUCCAUCGGAGCGUUGGCCAUGUAUUUGCCCAACAGCACAGCCAUCAAUCAGUAUUUGCACCAGGCCGAUCUAGCUACGCAGUUCGGAUUCUUCACCCUGUUUGUGACCGUUUCGACGAUUGCCGUCACCUUGCCCGCGUUUUGCUCGCUCACACCGAUCAAUAUCGAUGCGCUACAGGUGGCCGUUUUGCUGGAACUGGGCACCGUUCUGCUGGCCGUUGGAAUGCUAAACUUUUCACUCGCCUUUCUACUGUCCGUUGCGCUGGUACCGUUUAUCAUUCUGCUGCGACCAACAUUUACGUCCUCCUCGAGAUUACUGUCAUGGUUCUGUUGCCUGCUGCUUCACCCGAUGACGGUGCUGUACCUGGUGCUACUCGGUCUAACAUGGAGCCUGUUUCCCGAGUUGGCGCUGAAACCUUUGCUUGGAAAAGCUCUUAUGGCCACCAUGGACGCGUUAACGUACUCCAUCGUGGAUUCCAUGAUCUACGGAAACUGGCUGUUCGAUUUGGUAUCGCUCAUCUUCAUUCCCUGCUGGAUUCUGCUGUGGGUCUUGCUCUUUCCGAAAACUGAUACCAAAGGGGGCACAAAACUGAAAACCAAAUAA